UGCUGCACAUUUAUCGGACCCUGUGCCGUCAUCAUUGUUUCAAUCUAUCACUCUCUCUUAUCCCAUACCUAUAGUGCAUUUUGUGUCCAAUUCUCCCCGCUUUCGCGAUUGCACUCGUGCAAAUCUCCCCAGACAAUGAAUGACAACGAAGAGUUCAAGGCGACCACGCACCACCAGGAAAAAGUCGAGUCACAAGGCAGUCGUACUAGUUACGAUGUCGAAGCCUACGAUGCUGUCGAAGAGAAGAAGUUGAUGCGAAAGGUGGAUUGGAGACUUCUCCCAAUUUUAGGCGCUAUGUACUCCAUUGCGCUAAUCGACCGUACCAAUAUCUCUAAUGCCCGUGUGGCUGGUAUGGGUGCGGAUCUUGCCCUUCAAGUUGGCGAUCGUUAUACGAUUGUGCUCGUACUGUUCUUCCCCACGUACGCGUUGCUCGAAUUGCCUUCCAAUAUGGUUCUCCGCAAGUUGGGUGCUGCUAGAUGGCUUUCCUUCAUCGGACUAUCAUGGGGCGCUGUGAUGAUCGGCCAAGGUUUUACAAAGCACUGGAUUGCACUGGCCAUUUGUCGCGUGUUGCUCGGAGCUUUUGAAGCUGGGUUUUUCCCGGGAUGCGUCUAUCUCAUCACUUGCUGGUACAAGCGAUUUGAAGUCCAGAAAAGACUGGGUGGUUUUUACCUCGUAUCCGUGGGAAUCGGAGGCAUUGCAAACAUCCUUGCUUACGGUCUGAUGCAAAUGGAAGGCGUUGGAAACCUUAGAGGCUGGCGAUGGAUCUUCAUCAUCGAAGGAAUACUCACAUGCCUUUUGGCCAUUGCAUCGUAUUUCAUCAUUCUCGACUUCCCAGAUAAGGCUGAGAAAAUAGGCUUUUUGACACACUCUGAGGCAGCCUGUGUUCUUCAAAGGAUCGAGGACGACCGGGGAGACUCAGUGUCUGACCCUUUGACAUGGGCCAAAUUUGUCCAUCACCUCAGAGAUCUCAAACUCUGGGCUUUCGCCACCCUUUUCAUGUCAACAACGAUGCCAGCUUAUGCUUUUUCUUACUUCUUACCGGUCAUCCUGGUUGGGAUGGGAUAUUCUGCUGGAGCAGCAAACGCUCUCUCCGCUCCCCCAAACCUCGUCGCAAUGAUCACUGCUCUCGGGUUUGCUUGGGUCGGUGACAAAUAUCGCGUUCGCUCUCCUGUUAUUGCAGUUCAAUGCAUCCUCGCUAUCAUUGGCCUGAUGCUUGUUGCAUAUAGCACGAAUAACGGAGUCCGCUACUUUGGAAGCUUCCUGGGUGUGUGCGGAUGCCAAGGCAAUAUUCCGGCGAUCCUCGCAUAUCAAAGCAACAAUAUCGUGGGACAGAGCAAAAGAUCUGUAGGAAGUGCUCUUCAAAUUGGAUUUGGUGCCAUUGGAGGCAUGAUUGCAAGUACAGUAUUCAGACAGCGGGAUGCGCCGAGAUAUGUCACGGGACUGUGGGUCACAGCAGGAUUGCAGAUCUACAUCUUGACUAUAGUCGGGGUAAUGACGGUACUCUUCAUGAAGAAGAAUAAGCAAGUCGAUGCACAGGUGGCCAAUGGUGGCCCGGAAGAGCCUAUUGAAGGUCAGGUGGGAUUCAGGUAUACUCUUUAAUCGCACUGUUGGAGGACGAAUCUUAAAUAGCAACCCUUUGGUUCAAUUGAUCUCUAGUUAUUUUUGCCAGCAAAGUCCCAUUGAAUCUGUUCUUAGUGUUGUACAGUCGUGUGGAGUUGAACAUAUCUAGGCAAAACAGCAAAUAAAUGAGUUAUUGAGACUCAUCUGAGAGGAUGCAUGAACUGAGGAAUGAUUGAUGGCGAACACGAGCAAUGACUCAUGAUGCAGUUUUCACUGAUCUGCUCGUCCAUAUUUUGGCGUUUUUGAUUAUACUGGUUUUGGAUGAGCAUCUUCUCAUUGGUGCGUACUAACAUUGAAGUGUGCUUU